AUGUUGUCUCAGUACGUUUUGCCCCCUUUUGAAAAAAAAAAAAAAAAAAUCCUUCAAAAUUUAGGAAAAGUCGACAGGACGGCCGAUGAGAUAUUCGAUGAUCAUUUACAUAAUUUUACAAGACAGCAAACUGCUGCCACGAGACUUCAAAAAGAAUUUAACAAUUACAUUAGGUGCAUACGGGCUGUUCAGACUGCGAGUAAAACGUUGAUGGAAGCGGUUAGUGAAAUAUACGAGAAUCAAUGGCCAGGCCACGAUCUUCUUUGCAAUCAAAUGCAAAAUAUAGAAAUGUUAUGGCAAGAUUUCAGUCAUAAGUUAGGGGACCAAGUAUUAAUACCACUUAACACAUAUCAAAGUCAAUUCCCGGAAAUGAGGAAAAAAAUUGACAAAAGAGGUAGAAAACUAGUCGAUUAUGACAGUCAACGUCACAAUUUUCAAUCGUUGCAAUCGAAUCCGAGGAAAAAAGACGACGUGAAAGUACAGAAAGCUAAAGAAAGUUUGGAAGAAGCCAAAAGAACCUACGAAAUGUUAAACAGCGAAUUGCACGAUGAACUUCCGGCUUUGUACGAUUCCCGAGUCAUAUUUUUGGUAUCGAAUUUGCAAACUUUGUUUACAGCCGAACAAGUUUUUCACUCGGAAACAGCAAAGGUUUACAACGAGUUGGAAGCCAUUUUAGACAAGCUGGCGACAGAUUCACAAAGAGGACCGGGUUUGUUGAAAAAACAACCUGGAGGUACUUCUUCGAGUAAUUUUAACGUCAACAACAAAGUUGGUUCUUCUCCCUCGUCACCAACUACGGCUCCAGUUGUCGAAAUCCCUCCUCCUUCCGAAUCCCCAAAAUCCUCUCCCACCUCGGCUCCUCGACCAAGCUCAUUAAAUCUCAACAAUGGUGUUGUUAACGGAACCGGAGAUAAAUCACCGUUUAGCCCGGAUGUGCCGGUGACAGAAUCUCCAGAAGGAGAUACCACCGACACAACAACAACAGCAACAUCGACUAAAAAUGUUGAAGAAUUAUAUGAUAUACCAGUGGGUGAAGUUAAAGCCACGUAUAAAUACAACAGGGAAGAUUCUGACGAACUUUCCUUCGACGUCGAUGAAAUAAUACGCGUUGUAGAAUAUGACGAUCCCGAAGAACAGGUACUCGAAUUUUUUGUUUUUUUGGUUCCCCUGGGUUUUGGUGAUGGACGCCUUUUCCACUACGAGGAAUCCAGGAAAGUUCGGGAGAGAAGGGAAUGUUCCCGGCCAAAUUCACGAGACCCAUACGAAAGACAAAAAAAAAAUCAUUAUUUAUUAGCUUUUAUAAAAAAAAAAAUUACUAACGCAGGCGCUAUCCCAAACACAAACAAAAACAAACAAAUGUAA